UACCAAUAGCAGAAGUCAUAAUGGUGGAAUAGUUUUCAUGCAAAUAUGGAUAAUAAAUAAAAAGAAAUGUAACAUCUACCGAUCUAUUCCCUUGGUUUGUGCAAUAAAUUUUUAUUUGAAUUUGUGUUCAAUAGAGAAAUGAAUGUGUUUCGCAACAAAUAAAGAACGUUUGUUUAGUAGAAUGUCGCGAAUUAAAUCGCGUACACAAAUCGAAAUUUGUGGCGACUGUGGUGGAGACCCAUCAUGGGCUUCAAUCAAUCGAGGCAUAUUGCUAUGUUCCGAAUGCUGUUCGGUACAUCGAUCAUUAGGACGUCAUAUAUCCCAAGUUAAAUCACUUCGUCAGGGCAGUUGGCCGCCAUCAGUUUUCACAUUUGUCAAUGCAUUAAAUUCACAUGGAGCCAACAGCGUCUGGGAACAUUGUUUAAUGGACUCGGUGGCGCCAAAAGGACUGAAAAGAAAGCCAACACCCAAAGAUCCACUGCAUCCGACGAAGGCUGAUUUCAUACGUGCCAAACAUGUUAAUCUCUCAUUUGUGCUGAAACCGAAUUCGCUGCAAUUGGAAGAUGGCGGAGGUGGCAAUUUGGAAAACGAACUCAGUAAACAAUUACGAGCUAGCGUACGAUCAGCCAAUUUAGAAAUGUCGUUAAGGUUUUUAGUGCAAGGAGCCGAUCCCAAUUACUAUCAUGAGGAAACUGGUUCCACGCCACUUCAUGUCGCAGCCAAAUCGGGACAAGCCUCGCAAAUCGAAUUAUUAAUUGUUUACGGAGCUGAUGUAGCUGCAAAGGAUUCACAAGGCAAUACAGCCAUCGAAAUAGCAAGAAAUAAUAAAAAUUUCGCUAUCGCUGAUCGCUUAACCGAAGCACUAUAUGAGGUGACGGAUCGACUGACAAUGUUUUUGGGUGGUAAGAAACCGGAUCACGCAAGCGGCCAACAUUUUACGUUUCCGGAACAGACAAAUAUCGAGAUUAGUGAGCAAUUAAAAAUUGCUCGAGGUAAAUUACAGUUAGUACCAAAUAGAAUGUUUGAGGAGCUGGUAAUGGAUCUGUACGAUGAGGUGGAUCGAAGAGAAAUGGAAGCAAUAUGGGCCACCAGUGCACUGAAUCCGGACAUUGGCGCCGUACCAUUUUUACCGACAAAUCCACAUUUGAGUGCGACACGAAAUCAAGGGCGCCAGAAACUAGCUAGAUUCAGUCCCAGUGAAUUUGCUGGUCUAGUCACUGAUGUCUUGGUCGAUGCUCGUAGACGGCAAAAUAUGGCAGCUCUACGACCAAUAGACUCACCCUUGAUUCCAAAUAUUGCUUUGCUGAGACAACAAACUAAUCGCCAAUCGAAUCUAUCAGACGACGAACCUCUAUAUGAUGCGGUUGCAUCUGAUGAUGACUAUGCGGCCUUAGUACCAGCUCCGCAACAGACAUUUGUGCACAAGGGACCGAUAAAUACAAUAUCCAAUACGGAAGUGGAGAAUUUACGGCGAAAGUUGUUGGAAUCAUUUUCCGAGAUCGAUGAACUCAAAUCAAUGGUCGAAAAAUUAUCGUUCGAGAAUGAUCAACUGAAGUCGCGCAUAGAUCCUAAUGACACAACCGCUGACUUCGAUGUACCAUUGAGAAUCGACAUUCAAACAAAUGGUGCCGAUGAGACUGAAACAGAAAAUGAACCCGUUUCUGAUGGAAGAUCCAGCAAACGACCGGUCAGUAUGUUUGAGCCACGUGAAGGCCCCUACACGAAGGCUCAACAGAUAACCGAGAGUCGAACGACCAAUAGUAUGUACCAAAUGGCCGUUCAAAAGCGCGUCGAUCCAACACUUCCGCUGAGCGAAGAAGUGAAACACAGGACUGAUUUAGUGACCAGACGCAUACAGGAACUGUGGUCGGCCAUGCAAGAUGUAACUUUGAAAGAUGCCUUUGUACCUUGCUCGGAACGGAUACGCGUUGCUGUAGCUGAACUAGCGGCAAUUUUCCCAACAGCUAUCGUUGACGAAACUAUUAAGACGGCUCUAAAACAAUUGAAUCAAAAUACCGGUCACAUACAGACAUCGUGCACGCGACUGCAACGAGCUUUAUUAAACGAUGACAUCACAACGUCGGAUUUAUUUAUGCAGGAGGUGCGUAAUUACGCAUACAAUUUGGCAAUGGCAACCAAAAUGUUAGUUACGCAGUUUCCGUAACGUGUCGAAAACCGAUUUAAUAUAACUAACUCAAUUCUAUGAUAAGACGUAUAAUCCUAUUUCUAAGCAAAAAAAAACAUAUACUACCACCUUGCCAUCACGAAUACAUUCAAAUAUAUUUAACCAGUUAA